AUGCUGAGUCAGGGAGACUCUUUCCAAUGCUGAGUCAGGGAGACUCUUUCCAAUGCUGAGUCAGGGAGACUCUUUCCAAUGCUGAGUCAGGGAGACUCUUUCCAAUGCUGAGUCAGGGAGACUCUUUCCAAUGCUGAGUCAGGGAGACUCUUUCCAAUGCUGAGUCAGGGAGACUCUUUCCAAUGCUGAGUCAGGAAGACUCUUUCCAAUGCUGAGUCAGGGAGACUCUUUCCAAUGCUGAGUCAGGGAGACUCUUUCCAAUGCUGAGUCAGAGCUUUGUCUGUAUAGGAAGACUCAGAAUGUUGGCAGCAUUGCUGAUGUCACAAUUCCGGUCAUUAAAAUAAUAAAACACUUUGAUCCAAUGCAUAUUAAUUGAGGUAUAUAAAAAAAACCCUAGGCUGAGGCAAUGGGUAUCGUACUGAGAACCGAACCCUAUCGACUCAGGAAAAAUGGGCAAAAUAAUUUUCUACGAGGACAGGAACUUCCAGGGCCGCCACUACGAGUGCAGCAGUGACUGUGCUGACCUGCACUCCUACUUCAGCCGCUGUAACUCCGUCCGUGUGGAGAGCGGCUGCUGGGUCCUGUACGAGCGCCCCAAUUACACGGGGUACCAGUACUUCAUGAGAAGGGGAGAGUAUCCCAACUACCAGCGCUGGAUGGGGUUCAAUGACUCAGUCAGGUCCUGCCACAUGAUCCCUCAAUACCGAGGAUCCUACAGGAUGAAGAUAUACGAGAGAGAAAACUUUGGAGGCCAGUCGAUGGAGUUCAUGGAUGACUGCGAGUCUGUCUACGAUCGUUUCCGCUAUCAAGAUAUUCACUCCUGCAAUGUGAUGGACGGCUACUGGACCUUCUAUGAGUAUUCCAACUACAGAGGGAAGCAGUACCUUACGAGGUCUGGAGAGUACAGACGAUAUCAGGACUGGUGUGCCACUAGUGCAACUAGCGAUCUUCGGCAGGAACAUUUCCGAUCUUUAGUGUAG